AUGGAAGAAAAUGGAUUCUUGCCAACUGUUCAUUUUCGGCCCAAAAAAUCAUUUCCUGAACUAUCCGAACAUACCUCCUCUUGUUCAGCAAAUCGAAGGACUCGUCCUUAUCCAUCCAGCUGGCAACAAAAAAAUAAAAAUCAACUUUAUGGAAAAUACACAAAAUGGAAUCAAACUAAUAGUCAUGAAGAACCUAAUGAUGACACUCAAGAAUAUGAAAGACCAGCUAAACGACUUUCUUUAUCAAAUCCUACAGCUUAUAAAUGGAAUCAAUAUCAACAAAAUGCUGAGGACAAUGGUAUUGGAAAUUCAAAUCUCUCAGAUGAUAAUCCAAAAGGACAAUUUCAAAGAUCUAUGAGUAGUUUUAUGUUUGGAAGUAAAUCUGUUGAAUCAUCAUCUUCUGCCAUGAAAAAGUUUAUUCCUUAUGAUUUGCAAGAAGACAGUACUUUAUCACAACCUGGUGAUCGUGGAGGUUUUCAAAGAUCACUGGAUGGUUCUUUAUUUGGAAUGAGAUCUAUCGAACGUUCGAAUCAAACUUCAUCAAUGGAAUGUAAUACUUUAAGAAAGGUUCAAGCUGAAACUCGAAGAAAUGAUUUAGUGGUCAAAAUUGCCGGUCCUAUUGAAUUCCUUCCUAGUGAUUAUCGUAAUAAUAUUCGAACGCUUGCCACAAGACACUCAUUAGCCAAGUUUAAUGACGUGACUCUCAAUAAUGUAAUGAAAAGUUACAGGAAUAGAAAUUCAUCUGGUUCCAACCCUUUUGAACCUCUCAAAGAUAUUGAAAUAACAAAAGAAGAAUGGGUUUCCACUAUGAGAACCCUUGAUUUAUUAGAUUGCAGCCGGAAUACGAUGAAAGCAUUACAGCAAUGGCAAGACAUCAAAAUCAAAAUUCCGAUUACCGUUGGCAAAAUUAUAAAACUAGAUUCAAAUAAAAAAGUUGCUACCAUUGCAGAUUAUACAGGUAAAAUACAAGCGAUUAUUCAUGAAAAGGUUCUUCGAGUUCAUAGUCAACAGUUUCAACUUGGCGCAAUUAUUGUGUUAAAGAAUGUAGGUGUUGCAACAAAAGGAGUAGCAAUUCUUCGAUCAAUUGGGAAUACAUAUCUUAAUAUAACUCUCUCUAACGUUUGUUUGAUAUCAAUGCCUGAACAAUCAAACAACCUAGAGUCAACACUAUCCAGCCCAGAAUCACAUGCUAUAUCAGUUGACCUUACUUAUAGAUAUAAUGAAGGAGUAGACUCGAAAAGUGUCAAUCAAACCAAUGUAUGCUAUACUGGUAGUUCUGAUAAUGAUUUGACGACUAAUAAUGAAAGCUCAGAAUGUGUAAUAUCGACAAAUAUUAACGAACCUCAAGUAAAAGUAACGUCGAUGUCGAAUGAUCCGGAAAUUAAUAGCUUUAUGGGAUCCAAUAUGGAAGAUCCCGAAGAUAUUUCAUGGAUGUUGGAUGAUUUGGAAGAAGUAGUAUUAGUUGACUAUUGA